AUGUUUGCCACACGCAGAGCAUUUGCGUUUGCCGCGAAGAAUCGCACUUUUUCUACAUCUGUUAAAGACCUAUCAAAAGUUGCAGUCCUCGGCUCGUCAGGAGGCAUUGGACAGCCGCUAUCACUUCUAUUGAAGCUUAAUCCUCGGAUAUCCGAGUUAGCUUUAUAUGACAUCAAUGCUGCGCCAGGCGUCGCCGCGGAUUUGGCACACAUAAACACGAAGAGCAAAGUUACAGGUCAUGAUAAAACUGAAGAUGCAUUAUCUGAAGCUCUCACAAACUCUGAAAUCGUAAUAAUACCUGCCGGUGUUCCUCGAAAGCCUGGAAUGUCUCGCGACGACCUAUUUAACAUCAAUGCAUCAAUCGUUCGUGAUCUAGCCAGUGCCAUCUCAAAAUCGGCCCCAAACGCAAAUUUGCUCAUAAUCUCUAAUCCUGUGAAUAGCACAGUUCCAAUUGUUGCUGAAGUGCUCAAGAAAGCCGGAUGUUACAAUCCCAAGCGCCUCUUUGGUGUCACUACUCUCGACGUUGUCCGCGCCUCCCGCUUCGUCUCUGAGAUAAAAAACACUGAUCCCGAAACCGAAAAUAUAACUGUUGUUGGUGGACAUUCUGGCGCUACGAUAGUUCCUCUAUUCUCUCAAUCGUCUCAUCCAGAUCUGGUAGGAAAUGCCGAUUUACUUAGACGUGUCCAGUACGGGGGUGAUGAGGUGGUCAAAGCAAAGAAUGGAGGUGGAUCCGCCACGCUUUCGAUGGCAAUGGCUGGUGCUCGAUUUGCCGAUAGUCUGUUGAAGGCUGCCCAAGGACAAAAAGAAAUAGUUGAACCAGCUUUCGUUGACAGUCCACUUUACAAGGAUCAAGGUGUAGACUUCUUUGCAAGCCCAGUUGAAUUAGGUCCGAGUGGUAUUGAGAAAGUACGUGAUAUCGGAAAGAUAUCGCCCGAGGAACAAAAACUUCUCGCCGUUGCUCUUGAAGAACUAGCCAAGAACAUCAGUAAGGGAGUAAAAUUCAUCGUGCCAACGCCCAACUAA